CUCCCUGCUGCUCGCACAGUACAACUACUGUCUGCCCUGGACCCUGCCAGGUAGCAAGGGUGACAGGUAGUUCUGCGUUGCUCAUGGUUGUCUGUUCAAGUGCGUUUUAGAAAGACCGUCCAUCAUCUUCUCUCCAUUUACGGAAAGAUGUUUCCUUGGUCUGCUGUUUUCACCCUGGAGCCUAAAGUGCCAGGUCAAAGGACAGCGGAGGAGUUAGUCACCAACACACUGAUGCUGGAGCUGGGAGCGGUAGUCAAACGUACCGAACGCAUUCGUCUGGAGAGAAUGACCGAGGGCCAACGGCGUCGCCGCAGCUCCUCUUCCACCGCUGACUACAGCUGGCUGGCAAACGCUCCACAACCUCAACCCUACCAGCUAACGCCUAAUGACCUCCUGGAACUGCAGGACCUCUGCGCCAAAAUUCCUCCCGCGCUCUGCGGCCCUGUCAUUGUCAGAUUUCGGCGGCUGGUGUCACAGAUGGAGCCUGACGUCCAUGAAGUUCCUCGGCUCUUCCGCACAGUCCUGCGAGACUGCGUGGACGAGAGAGAAGCUGAUCAUGACGUGCAGACUGAAAACACCAUCAUUGAGAAGCAGCAGCGCAGCAAGAGUCUCUCCUUCAUCACCUUCCGGAGCAAAUUUGUCGGUGGUAUUCUCUCCAGGGGCGGAGGGCUGAGAGGCUCCAGAGGGAAUCUCCAGCAGCAGGUGGAUUGGUCGGAGGAAGAAGGUGGAGAAGCAGAGGAAGACAUCAGGGCCAGAGCGAGGAAGGGCAGAAGCAAGAGUAUGCCAGAGAUAACUCCUUAUGAGCAAACCGCCCACGGGUGAGAGUCAAAAUGGGGCGAGACUUUCAAAGUACACUUUUCGCUCCUCCAGAAAAUAUGGACUUGACCGAGCACAAAUAGCUCUUGAAUGUAAAAGCAAAUAAAUGACGAUCAUUAAAUAAA